UAAGUGGCAGGCGUGCUCGAUACACAGUAACAUUUAACGAAGCAAUUGAACUAUUAUAUGUAUAUUUAAGUGGUAAUAAAUGAUACUAUAGUUAUUAACGUGUUUAAAAUUUACAAAUUAACAUCAUUUAGAACAGUUCUACUCUUUUAUUAAAAACGUAAAAAUGUUUGCGAGAAACAGACAAAGUCAGGGCUAUCCUAGUGUCAUGAUCACCUGGUAUAAACAUGUAUGUUUACACAAAGAUCCACGAACACAAAAUCCUAGUAACCAGGCUCCUUUCCAGAGCCAAAAUUCUUUUAGUCAGCAAGGAAGUUAUCAGCCACCACAACCAAUCGUAAAUCAGCAAGCUAUUUACAAACAAGGAAAUGUGCCACCUUCACAACCGUUUAAAUCUCAGCCACCAGUACAGAUACAACAAUCUAGUAUAGCAAGACCCUUGCAACAAUUGAAACCUCAAUUAACGCAGCAACAACAGCAACAACAACAUCUGCAGCAACAACAGCAACAGCAACAUUUGCAGCAACAACAGCAACAUUUGCAGCAACAACAGCAACAGCAACAUCUGCAGCAACAGCAACAGCAACAUCUGCAGCAACAGCAGCAUAUGCAGCAGCAGCAGCAGCAUAUACAACAACAGCAUAUACAGCAGCAACAUAUGCAGCAGCAGCAUAUACAGCAACAGCAACCACCUCCACAACUACCACCACCUAAUACUCAACAACAACAGCGUCUAAAACCAAUACUUAAACAAAGCUCAAUUACAGUAUCUACUGUUCCUAUGCAGAACACAUCUACUACUCCUCAACAACCUGCUUCUACAUCACAAAAUAUAUCUGUUCUCACUACAUCAGAUACAACUGCCUCUUGUAAUAAUACCAUUGAUGGAAAAGUUGAUGUCAAAACUGAGAAUACAGAUACUGAUGCACCAGAAAUGCCAAGAUGGAGACGUAAAAUACCCGGAUUUAAGGUAAAUAAAAAACUGAAACGUCUUCGCUUGAAUCAACGUUUAAGAAAGACUCUUCAACCAAAAAAUGCAAUUAUGGUUUUAAAUGAAAUGAAAGCUGGAGUACAAUUUACAUUUCCUGAAACACAAGGACCUAUGCCAAACUCUCUUUAUCUUGUCCAUGCAGAGCUUGAUGGAAAAACAUAUGUUGGUCAAGGAUUAUCUAAACCACUUGCACGCCAAAAUGCUGCUGAAAAUGCAUUAAAAGCAUUAUUGCUUGAAAAAAUGACUGCAGCUAGUAUGAAAGCACGUAUGGAUGCUGAAUCAGAUGGACAAGCAAAUCAACCUGCAGAUUCUUCCUCAUCAACAAAAGAAGACAAUGCAGAAGAUGGACAAGUAUCCGUAGAUACCAACAUUGAUGAAAGUGAAGAAGUUCCAUGGAGUUCAUUAGCAAGUUUUGCACUUUAUAAACUUUUCUUGGAAUGGCAUAAUCAAGGAACAUCAGUACCAGUACCUAGACCAGGAGUACCUACACCGCUAAAAGGAGCAAAGAAAAUACUUUCCAGUACAAAUAAAUUUCCAGUUCAAAAGGAACUUCCUCCAAAUGCGACCAAUAUACAUCCUGUUAUGUUAUUAAAUCAAAUGAAACCAGGAUUAACAUAUGUAGAAAUAAGUCGUCUUGGAAAUCCACCUAAUAUAAUGUUUACACUAGCUGUGGAAAUUGACGGCGUUGGUUAUACUGGUUCAGCAAGAAAUAAAAAGGAUGCUAAAAAAAUAGCAGCAAAGGCAGCAUUAUUAGCUUUGUAUGGAUUAAAUUACCCCGAAGAAAACAAAACUGAUCAAUCAGAGGAUGUACAAAGUGUGUAAAGUAAUAUUUACACAUUAAUCAAAAUACAUUUCUUUAAUACAUGUAUCGCAAUUUCUCUUCUGUUAUUUUCUUUAUCCAAAUAAUAAGUGUUUACAAUAUGCUACAAAUUAUAAUUAUUAGAUUAUUAUACAGAAGUGACUUGAAGAUAAUCAUGUGUAAAAUUAUAUCAUUUAUAUUUAUUAAUGUAUAGACUCAGAAAUAUUUUGUAAUAAUGUGUAAGCUAUAUGAAAGAACACAUAUUUUAAAAGAUAAUGUACCAUCUCAUCUAAUUAUGUAUAAUAUGACACGAACUGUACUUAUUGUAAAAGAAGUUAACCAAUCUUAAAUAGAUAUAUUGUAUUUGCACUCAUAUGUUAUUCGAGAAAUAUCGUUUAAAGUAAAAGAUAUGUAUCACAAAAUUUUUGAAAUUCUGUUAGUAUUUUGCUGAGUAUUAUGCAAUCAAAUAUUAAGCACAGCACAUUAUUUUUUUUAUAUAUGUAUUAAUAGGAUUUACGAAACAGUUUAUUAAUAAUUACAUUAGUUCUACGUACAUCGUUCAUAACUUACGAUUUAUUUGUAUUAACUAUCUUACUAUAUAAAUAUCUUAUAAAACUA